GGCUUGGAAAGGUGCUGGACACGUCGACAACCUCGCACCCUGCAAGGUCCGCGCGCCACGCAGCAAAGCCGGGUCCCGUACCCCCGCGUUCGCACACACGCACUUGCGAGUUCUCCCCUUCUCCCGCACGCGACUGCGCCCAGGGACACAGGCCCACCACCCGGACAGGCUCACAAAGCUCCACGCAGACCCACAAGUGAGUGAACACACAGCUCUGAGCAGAUCUGCCGGGGGCAGAGGAGCGCGCCUCGCUCUCUACGGCACCCCGGGCCUCCUAGCCUCUCCUGCCCGCCCCUCCUCCACCUCCCCAGCCCCCAAGCCCCGGGGCAGCCGCGCGCCGGGCGGGGCGAGGGCGGGGCGGGGUGUCGGGCGGCGCCGGCCCAAAAAGGCGGAGUCGCUAGGCUAAGGGGCCAGAUCUUUGAGCCCAGCGCUGAUUGCGCCUCGGAGAAAGCCAGCGGGAACCCGGACCCCGAGGAGCCCCGCGUCCCCGCCCGGCCUGCCCAGGCCCCGCGCUAUGGAGUUCCUCUGGGCCCCUCUCUUGGGUCUCUGCUGCAGUCUGGCCGCUGCUGAUCGCCACACCGUCUUCUGGAACAGUUCAAAUCCCAAGUUCCGGAAUGAGGACUACACCAUACACGUGCAGCUAAAUGACUACGUGGACAUCAUUUGUCCCCACUACGAGGAUCACUCUGUAGCAGAUGCUGCCAUGGAGCGCUACAUCCUGUACCUGGUGGAGCGUGAGGAGUACCAGCUGUGCCAGCCCCACUCCAAGGACCAGGUCCGCUGGCAGUGCAACCGGCCCAAUGCCAAGCAUGGCCCAGAGAAGCUGUCUGAGAAGUUCCAGCGCUUCACACCUUUCACCCUGGGCAAGGAGUUCAAAGAAGGACACAGCUACUACUACAUCUCCAAACCCAUCCACCAGCAGGAAGACCGCUGCUUGAGGCUGAAGGUGACUGUCAAUGGCAAAAUCACUCACAGUCCUGAAGCCCAUGACAAUCCACAGGAGAAGAAACUUGCAGCAGAUGACCCAGAGGUGCGGGUUCUACAUAGUAUCGGUCACAGUGCUGCCCCACGCCUCUUCCCACUUGCCUGGACUGUGCUGCUCCUGCCACUUCUGCUGCUGCAAACCCCAUGAUGAAGGUGUAUGCCACACGUGGCCUUAAGGAUUGGAACUGGGCUGAAGAGAGGGACAGGCACUCCAAACCUGUCCUGGGGCCACUUUGAAAGCCCCCAGCCCUGGGAACCACUCCCACCACAUGCACAAGCUGUCACCCAGCAGCCUCAAAACGGGUCAGUAUUAAGGGUUUCAACUGGAAGGAGGUCGACCAGCCCGGCACUGCCAUCCCCACCUUCACCUCGGAUGGAGAAAGAAGUGGAGACUGUCCUUUCCCACCAUUCCUGCCUUUAAGCCAAAGAAACAAGCUGUGCAGACAUGGUCCCCUGAGGCACAGUGGGAGCUGAGCUGGAAGGGGCCACAUGGAUGGGCAAAGCUUGGCAAAGAUGCCCCCUCCAGGAGAGAGUCAGGAUGCCCAGAUUAACUGACUGAAGGAAAAGCAAGAAACAGUUUCCUGCUUGGGAGCCAGGUACAGGAGAGGCAGCAUGCUUGGGCUGACCCAGCAUCUCCCAGCCAAGACCUCAUCUGUGGAGCAGCCACAGAGAGGUUUGUAGCCAGGUACUGCAUUCUCUCUCAUCCUGGGGCAGCACUCCCCAGAGCUGUGCCAGCAGGGGGGCUGUGCCAACCUGUUCUUAGAGUGUAGCUGUAAGGGCAGUGCCCAUGUGUACAGUCUGCCUAGAGUGUAGCCUAAAGGGCAGGGCCCACAUGUACAGUAUCUGUAUAUAAGUUGCUGUGUGUCUGUCCUGAUUUCUACAACUGGAGUUUUUUUAUACAAUGUUCUUUGUCUCAAAAUAAAGCAAUGUGUUUUUUCCGGA